AUGGCGUUCUCGAGAUUUGUAGUUUUGAUGGUUUUGGCUCUGGUGGUGGAAUCAGCCUUUGCACAGGCUCCAGGAGCGGCACCUAAAGCGGCGCCAGUACCAACCAAGGCUCCGACUGUAGCUCCCACUGUAGCACCAACAGUUCCACCGGCGGCUGCUUCUACUCCUAAAUUGUCACCUCCACCGGCUGCUGCUCCUACUCCUGUGGCGACUUCUCCGGUUUUAUCUCCACCAUCACCUCCUCCAUCUACCUUGGCUCCAUCUGCGCCAGUUGCUCCAAGUCCUUCUGCGAUCGCCUCUCCUCCCACAGAAAGUCCUACAUCACCAAACAGUGGCGUUGCUUCUUACGGAGUUGGAGCGGCUGUUCUCUUGACCGUCGCCUCCGCUGCUUUUAUGCUGUAG